CUGGGACUGGGCGAGCUGGGCGGGAGGCGGAGCCCCCGUCACUGGCUCCCCCUACCCCCGACCCUAUAAAUUGAGGCGGCAGCGUUCUCCUGUGUUCUCUGCUCCUGCUGGCUGUGGGUGGUCCCUACCUUUUGUGCAGUGUCAGCCGCAUCCCUGAGACACGAUGGUGAAGGUCGGAAUAAACGGAUUUGGCCGUAUUGGACGCCUGGUCACCAGGGCUGCAUUUCAGUCCGGCAAAGUGGACAUUGUUGCCAUCAAUGACCCGUUCAUAGACCUCCAAUACAUGGUCUACAUGUUCAAGUAUGAUUCCACCCAUGGCAAGUUCCAUGGCACCGUCAAGGCUGAGAACGGAAAGCUUGUCAUCAAUGGGAAGCCCAUCACUAUCUUCCAGGAGCGAGAUCCCGCCAACAUCAAGUGGAGUGAUGCUGGUGCUGAGUAUGUUGUAGAGUCCACCGGUGUCUUCACAACCUUGGAGAAAGCUGGGGCUCACUUGAAGGGUGGCGCCAAAAGGGUAGUCAUCUCUGCCCCUUCUGCCGAUGCCCCCAUGUUUGUAAUGGGCGUGAACCACGAGAAGUAUGACAACUCCCUCAAGAUUGUCAGCAAUGCCUCCUGCACCACCAACUGUUUGGCCCCCCUGGCCAAGGUCAUCCAUGACAACUUUGGCAUCGUGGAGGGACUCAUGACCACAGUCCAUGCCAUCACUGCCACUCAGAAGACUGUGGAUGGUCCCUCUGGGAAAAUGUGGCGUGAUGGCCGUGGGGCUGCUCAGAACAUCAUCCCUGCAUCUACUGGUGCUGCCAAGGCUGUGGGCAAGGUCAUCCCUGAGCUGAAUGGGAAGCUCACUGGCAUGGCCUUCCGUGUCCCCACCCACAACGUGUCAGUCGUGGAUCUGACCUGCCGUCUGGAGAAAGCUGCCAAAUACGAUGACAUCAAAAAGGUGGUGAAGCAGGCAUCAGUGGGUCCCCUAAAGGGCAUCCUUGGCUACACUGAAGACCAGGUUGUCUCCUGUGACUUUAACGGUGACACCCACUCUUCCACCUUUGAUGCUGGGGCUGGCAUUUCCCUCAACGACCACUUUGUCAAGCUCAUUUCCUGGUAUGACAAUGAAUUUGGCUACAGCAACAGGGUGGUGGACCUUAUGGUCCACAUGGCCUCUAAGGAGUAAGAUCCCCUUGGACCACCAGCCCCAGCAACAGCACUAGAGGAAGAGAGAGGCCCUCUCAGCUGCUGGGGAGUCCUUGCCCCAACUCCAUCCAACACACUGAGAAUCUUCCAUCCUCUACACAGCUUCCAUCCGUACCCCCUGAAGAAGGGGUGAGGGGCUUAGAGAGCCCAACCUUGUCAUGUACCAUCAAUAAAGUAUACUGUACCCAGCCA